AACAAACCACCAUACCUUUUAUCUUCCACCUAUUCUCCUUCCACAAACCGGGCACUUCAAAAUGCCACCCUCACCACAAACAACAAAACUAACCAGCACACUUCACCUGUUAAUCCCGCGCCUCCGGCUCCUCCAAAAGAAAGACACCGCCAGCUCGGUGAUCCAACGCCGCGACCUCUCAGCCCUACUAGCCGAAGGCCGCGACACGAGCGCCCGCAUCCGCGUCGAGAAUGUGAUCGCCACCGACAUCGCCGUCGAGGUCAUGGAGAUGGCUGAGCUGUACUGCGAGUUACUGCUCGCGCGGGCCAACGUCCUCGACCAGGCGGCCUUUGGGGAGAAGGGUGUUCAGGCGCGUAACCGGGCGCGGGCGGUUGCGGCCGCCGCGGCUGGGAAUAGACACUCGCAAAUACCACCACCACCACAACAACAACAACACGCGAAUGCUUCGUCAUCCGGGGGAGGGUUCUCGUUCUUCGGGUUCGGGGCGUCGAGGGCGCAGAAGUCGAGCACAGCUGUCGCUGCUGACAACGGUAGCAGCAAUACGACGGCAGGGGCAACGACGUCGGAUGCUACGACAGCAAGUGAAGGGUAUAUUGAUCCCGCGCUAGAUGAGGCCGCUGCCGUCAUCUUCUACGCUUAUCCCCGGUUCCCGCAUGACGUGCGCGAGAUGACGAUUCUCCGGAAUCUGUUGACGGAGCGCUGGGGUAAAGACUUUAUGGCGCUGGCGCAGGAUAAUAAGUUGGAAGAUGUGAAGGUGCCGGAGCGGUUGGUCAAGGGGCUGCGCGUUCGGCCGCCCACCGGGGAGCUGGUCGAUAGUUACUUGCGGGAGAUUGCACGGGCGUAUGGGGUACGGUGGGCGGGUAAGGAUAUCACAGGAGAUGAGGGGCUGGGGGAUGCUCCUGGUGAUCCGUUGGUGGACGGACUCGAAGGCGGUGGUGGUGAUGAUAAUGAUAUUACCCCCCGGGAUAAUGGUGGUGAUGGCGAUGGCGAUGGCGGUCUUCCCUCCACACCCCGGAAAUCCCCGAUCGAGAGUGAGGCGCGCAGGGCCUCGGAGACAGUAGCCCUGAAUAAAGCGACACCACCGCGAGGUCUGCAGCAAGGGAAAAGCCCCGUCAGCGUCGCGCCUCCCGGUCCAAGACUGGAUAAUCUACAUCCCCGCGUCAAGGUGCCGGGCCAGGAUCAGUCCUCGUCCACAACGCAAAGUACUACCAAGGGAAAGAGUGAGAUCCCCGAGUUGGACGAGCUGACGAGACGGUUCGCUGCACUGCGGCGGUAACUAGCGGCAAAAGUGAUGGGUUCGUUUGUGAUUAUGGGUCUCCCUUCUACUAUAUACCUCUACUGCCAGUGUUUGCUACUCCUUCGCCAGGAACUGUAAUCUAUUAUAUAGUCAU